GGGUGUUUUCAAAAUCCACAAACCGUUGCCUUAUCGAAAGCCCAUCUCUCUUCACGCCCCAGCAAAGAUGGGCGGAUCUCUUUACGUUUGUUGCCAAUGCAAUGAUGGACCUAAGCUUUGGGAUAGUCAACCACGAUGUGUGGUGUGUGGCCAUAAUGCCUGCGGUGGAUACCGUCAUAGUCAUUAUUCUUAUACUUUUACUUUACCUCGGUGCGACAAAGAUGGUCUGGAAUCAUGCAGACAAGACUGGCUGGAUAAGAAGGCCAGGCUAGGUGCAGAACAUGAUGAAACCCUUACUUCAGCUUUCGUCAUUGGAAAAGUCUUAUGCCAAGGAAGACGCUAUAAGGCUGCGCUGGGAUGGUACCGCUAUGUAUUUUUAGCGGAAAUCGCCACGCAUGGACCGCAUGCUAUGAGAACCUCAGAAACCAGAGGAGCCAUUUCUGAAUUGUUGACUGGCCUAGGGCGACAUGAAGAUGCAAAGCGUUGGGAAGUUCCCGCUGAUAUUGCAAACCUAGGCUGCAAACCUGUUGAAUAAUACUCUCUCCAUUUUGAUAUCCCAUUUUUCCUUGCUGAUAGAGAAUGGCAUGGUAUCAGGCCUAUCUCUUUAUCCGAUCACAUGGCAAGUGCAUCUGCUAGCCUGCGAUCAAGUUAUCCAGGGCUGAGAUUAAUCCUCGUUACUGGCAUCUGUGGUGGUGUACCAUAUACCAAGAAGAAGAGCAUCUUGGUGAUGUAGUUAUCAGCAAUCAUAUAAUCCAAUACGACCUUGGCAGACAGUACCCUGGGGAAUUCAUAAUGCGAGAUACCCCGGAGGAUAAUCUCAGCACAGCGUCCAAAAGCAUACGCAGCUUUCUGAAUAUGUCCAAUACAAUUCACGAACGAG